CAAGCACCAGGUUCCUAUGGAAAGGGCAUCAAAGAUAUUUACUUUGUGUGCUUUUGGGUGAUCGUGAUUACCUUUGCACGUAAUACACUAAUGAACCAUGUCUGUCAUCCAUUGGCUCAACGAGGAGGGAUGCAUUCGUUUGCUAAGCGACAGAAGCUUGCUGAACAAACAUCAAUGUGUGUCUAUUAUUCUAUCUUUUGGGUAGUAGGCAUGUAUCUUAUGUAUCAUAGCCCUCAUUGGAUGAACACGUCCCAAUACUGGAUAGACUAUCCACACACACUUAUCUCAAGGGGAAUGAAGACAUAUUAUUUGAUACAAGUCUCGUUCUAUAUCCAGCAAACAUAUGCUAUAAAUGUUGAGAGCCGACGCAAGGAUCAUUAUGCUAUGAUUAUCCACCAUCUUAUCACUGGAACCUUGCUUGUAGCCAGUUACUACAGUAACUUUACACGUAUUGGUAACGCCGUCUUGUGUUGCAUGGAUUUAGCAGAUGUUCUUUUGCCGCUUGCCAAGAUCCUAAAGUAUACCCAUCGAAACAUCUUAUGUGAUAUCACCUUUGGUCUGUUCGCAAUCGUGUGGCCGGUGACCAGACAUGGCUUCUUUACCAUUAUAGUAUGGGCAACAGCAGUGGAACCUCCGCAAUAUAUCGAUAUGAAAUGGGAACCAGAAAAGGAGAAAUACUUUACCCCUUUGACACAAAAGAUAUAUCUCUCUCUAUUCAUGUCCCUGAAUAUCAUUAUGCUAUACUGGUUUGCCAUGAUACUCAAGGUAAUAUUUGGAGUAUUGUCGGGUAAAAAUGCAGAAGACGUACGCAGCGACGAUGAAGAUAAUGGGUAA